AUGACAGGGCGAAACCCGACCACCCCGCCAUACAAUGAGGGUCACAAGAGAAGACGCACGAUCGAUUUGUGGCUUCAUUUCUGGAUCAUUGAUCACCGCUGCCGUAUAUAUACGACACUGUUCGACUGGUACAAGUUAGUUGCUUUAAGCGCGUGGUGUCUAAACGAUAUGAUUCUAAACUGUGUUCCGGUGGUGUUGAUCCUAGUCGGAUCGGUGCGAAGUGGCCUAACGUAUCCCUAUGCGGACCGGUAUCCGUACGGUACGGCAGUUGUGUCGGAAUCGAAACUACUCAAGGGUGCAUCCAGCAGGGGAACGUCCGAAGGAGGGAAGGAUUUGCGUAACUUUAAUCGUGAUCAUGUGUUCGAUGAAGGUGGCAAGAUCAACUCGGCGACCGAUGCGGUUCGAUAUCACGCACUGGACAACCAAGUGAAUGGGCACAGGAUAGCGGAUGCCUCCCAGGGUGUAUCGCAGGAUAAGGUGAAGCACUUGGCUGGUGAGAACUAUGAAGCCGAUAAGUCCCACAAUCAAAAGCAGGUGAAGUCGGGAUUUACGAAUUCGUAUCACAAGGACGAAUCGGGCAGCAAGAGUUCGUUCUACGAAGACUCGGACGAUCGCGGUGGAAAGCAGGUGUUCGACAAUCGGCAGAACUUGCGGAACAACUAUAACGAUCAUCUGUACAAUAAGGAGCUGAGGAACGAUCAGCUGCGGGAUCGAUACGACGAUCGUUUCGGAGGAUUCGAUCUUCGCGGGGUGCGUGACUUCCAUCAUCAGGCGGCUGCCGAUCGAGGCAACCUGCACGAUUACCGUGACGGAUUCCGCGACGAUCGCGAUCAUCACGUGCACGACUAUGGGCAGGAAAUCUACCCGGGCCUUCCGCCGAUGGUUCCGGUUCGCAACUACGAUGAACUUUUUCAGCGACGCACCUUCCACGAACCGAGACCGAUGUUCAAGACGGCACCGCAUGCACCCAUCACGGUGUACGAAGAUCCGCGCGAGUACCAGUACGACUAUCCGGCGCAUUCGGUUGGUGAUCGGUUCCUGCGGCGGUACGACGACGAUGUGGCGGAACGUACGCGGAUCAUCUUCAGACCUAGCCCGCUGUUGAACUACAAUAGACGGUACUAG